AUGUCGAUUCGAUUCCACAAAGGACCGUCGAUCAUCACGCUCUUCCAUGAUUCGACGUCGUCCACGUCCAAGCAAGUGCUUGAACUGCUAACCUCGUACAAUAGCCAGCUCAACCAUCGCUCAGCUGUACCGUCCACACGCAGCUCGCACCGCGAAUCGUGCGUUGUCGAAGCCAACGGCUCCGGCGCCGAUGUCAACUCGUAUCUCCGUCAAGCAGCCGAUCCGCCUCGAUCCCCACUCUUCCAGCUGGAAAUCGUCGAUCGUCAAUCCAACCCCCCAACACCCGAUCAAAUGAGAAGCAUCGUCGAUUACCUCGUCUCCGACCCCCCCUCCUCCUCCUCCCUCUCCUCCUCGAGAGAAAAAUUGUACACUUCGUCAGCUUUCGACCUCGCCGAACACGAAAGACGCAAACUAGCUCUCAAACAGCACCUCGCCAACACCGGCGAACAGAGCGGCAUGCCAAAGAUCAAGGAUGGCCCGCUCGUCGUCAAUUGGGACGACGGUUCCGCUACAACCAGCUUACAGGGCGUACAGCACAUGUUGAAACGCUUGCAAGACCAAGCCCAUACCGACGAUACCAGCCCCCAUUCUCCUGGUUGCCUCGUUUCUUGA